AUGGACACCGUAUUAGAUAUCCAGCCACAAAUCCCCGCUGCAGAUCCCCAAGACGGAGACGGCGAUGGUUCCAGCUCCGACUCCCAGCUCGGUGUCGAGGCUCAAACCCAACCCCAAUCCGAACCGACCUCGCAUCCAUUUACUACCGCCGGCCGGCUGCUCGUCUUUUCUCCACUGAAAAUAUAUGUGGGCAUCACCGACGACCAGCCCCAGAUACCGACACAGAGUCCUAACCAACCUGUGUUUCUCUCCUUUGACCCCUUGAUGCAGGACAAUUACUUGCUGUACGACAAGAAGUGGAAGACCGUCCCAGAGGAGUUGGUUGUGUUUGGUCCGGAGUAUGAAACGGUCGAGAGCCGCAAGAAGGCGGCCCUGGAGUUGCUGUGGAAUGGCGUACUGUGGAUAAGGCAGCGGAAGCUUCUGAAACGUGAAGCGUUCAUUAAAUGGACGCUUGAACGGCUGCGCUGGGAGGCCAAGUUCCUGGAGCGCGAGUGGUUCAUCAGGGGCAACAGGGAGAUCUUCCCGCCAGACACCCACCACCGACAGCAGGGUCCUGGAGGCCAUCCUCGAGCUCGAGCAGACGGCGCCCUUCCAGCCGCUGCCCAACUAGACUUUUCUAUACAUGAUUUCUCUUUUUCAGCUUUCUUCUUCUCUGCUUCUUCUCUAAGUAUAGGCAUCCAUCUAUAUAAAACACGUGAUGUAGAUCUGAAAAUGGCAAAAAACGACGUCGACGAUGCCAAAAGCCAGACAAAACGCAGCGAAAACACGACGAGACGAGCUGAAACGCCGACUGGACGCCCAUCGGCCUCCCGUCCAAUCGAUCUCGGAUUCCCCCCAGCGCUCCCGAGACUCCCUUCGAGAAGCUCGUCGGCUGUCCAGCCUGUCCUGGCAACCCCCCAGGCGGGCCAAACUGGAUCCCAACACGAACACCUCGAUCCCUGCCGGGCAGGCCGGAGCAACAAACGAAUAAAGAAAAAGCGCAGCGAGACAGCGAGGACGAUGGAAGAGAUCGGGCGUCGCGGCCUCUCAGCUGGCCCGGCGGCCCUCCCAGCAACGACCGACAAGUGUCAGCGAGAAGGCCUAGAAGCAGAUGAAACAGACGAGCGGCUACGGGCGCUGAACACGCGAGAACAUGAGACAGCCAGCGCCAGCGAGCAGAGCAGACCGGACAGACAACUACUAUAUAUAACGAGCUACGCUGCUCGCUCGCCGGCGGGUGGCAUUCUUCGUCUUCUUCGUCGUCUUCUUCGUCGUUCUGCUGCUCUUCCUCGUCUGUUCUUCUGUCUGCCUCGGAGUUAG